AUGUCCUCCAAAACCCCCAAAGUAACUCUGCUCCAACGCAUUCAACAACCGUUUGGCUUCCGCAAAACCUACAACUUCACCCUCUACAUUAUUCUCUGCGGCGCCCUUCUGGGGUUUUCGCUCUCCCGCUUAAUGUACCUCUCCUUUGACAACAUCUUUUGCAACCCAAACUCGAAAGUUGGCUCGGCACUCCCAGGUGAAUGCUACUACUACAAGCAAAGACCUGGGAAAAUAGGCAUCAUGCUGCACCUAUCUACCGUUCUUCCGGCAGGCAUUCUCGUCGUUCUACAGUUCCUCCCCAUCAUCCGAUACAAGUGGCUGCUCGUCCACCGAAUAAACGGCUAUAUCAUCAUCGUUUUAAGUGUGCUGAGUACGGUGGGCGUAUUCAUUGUACUUAAGUUUGUUCUUGGGGGUCUGGUUGAUGUUCAGACUGUACCUGCAUUUGCGAGCAUCUUAUUCCUGGGGAGUAAGGGACUUGCGCUCUGGAAUAUCAAGAAGCUGCAGAUUGAACAGCACCGGGCGUGGAUGAUUCGAGCCUGGAGCGUGGCAGGAUACAUUAUCACCAUGCGCAUCAUCAGCCUCUUGAUGUCUCUCAUAAUAAGCAGCACCUCCCGCAAACCCUUUUCUGCUAUCCCAUGCACUGUAAUCGACUACAUCUUUGCCGGCAACGCGUCUCAAGUCCUCGGCAGCUACCCAAGUUGCUCGCCUUACUAUUCGGGUCAAAAUCUGGACCAACAUGCUAUUGUCCAGGCAGACAUGGGCACCGGUCGAGCAGAUCAACUUGUUGCGGCGUUUAAUUCUACGUUUAGCACGGGAAGUUGGCUUGCGCUCGCGAUACAUUGUAUUGGGGCAGAGGUCUAUCUUAGACUUACGCCUGCUGAGGCGACGAGACUGCGAAAAAUCUCGUAUCAGAAGCAGCUUGAGGCAGGUGUUCAAAAUCCAGGGAAUGGGGGUUUGACUGUUCAAAGAUUGGGCGACGCAGAGCCUUGGGAUGUUCCUGGGUGUGAGGAAUCGACAAGUCCGCUGCGUUGA